AUGGAAGUUAAUACAAAAUUAAAUAUUCUCAAUUGUCAUCGUAAAAAAAUAUGUACUUAUAAAACACCGAAACUUACCGGAAUAACAAAAAGGAAAGAUAUUGAAAAUUUCAUCUUAAAAAAGUGUAAAAAUUUUAAGCCUCCAUUUGACAUUCAAAUUUAUGAUAAAGACGAUGAUUUUGUUACUUUGGAUGAUGAUUAUUUGGAAGACUACAAUCCUUUUAAAGCUACAACAAUCGACACAACUACUGUUCAAUCAAUCAAUUCACCAACGCCAACGGUUAUAGUGCAAAUUAUCUUAUUAAAUUAUGCGUCCAACUCUAUUAUUGAUCAAGAAUUCAUGCAGACUGAAGAAAUUUUGGAAACAGCCACCCAAAAAAAUGAACAUACCCACCAAAUUGAUCAAUCUAUAUCGAUUUCAAAACCGCAAACAUGUUCUAUUAUUCGCUUAUCUAACGAUCCAAAAAUAGGUUUUAUUCCUGAUUAUAAUGUCAAUAGUGAACAAAGAGAUCAGUACCCUUGUGAUCAAAUAAAUGUCAGCACAGGACAUAUUGUCGGUACACUUAGUAUGAUUCAAGCUCCAAAAAAUUCAGCAAAUACAUAUAAAAGUGUAUUACCUCGAUUUAAACUCGAAGAUACCAAUGAAAGUGAAUUAUUAGAUUCAUCAUAUGAUUAUAGUAAAUCUCGUCUAGCUCUUGUUCUGCAAAAAGAUGAUGUUAUUCAAUGGGAUACUAUGGUUCUAUCGAAUGAAAUGGUUUUCAAAAAGAGAAUUACCACAUUCGGUGCAGAGAAUAUUUUGGAUAUUCCAAAAAAUGUAACAUCAACAUCAUCAAAACGAAAUCGGUCAAAGAAGCAAAAUAGUUCAAAGCAACGACCCAAACGUACAAUAAGAAGAAGACAAAAAGAUCAUUCAUCGAUGGCAACUCCGCCUGCAAACAAUGAUGAUUCUUCUAUGCAUCUCAAUCACGGUCUUCCAGUAUACCAUAACAUUAGUCAAGUUAUAGAUACUACAUCUCAAACAAUGUUAGAUAUUUCACCAUCCAAUUCAGAACUUCUCUCCGAUUUACCUCAAACUAACUACUUAUCUGGAGAUUCAAUUAAUAUAAAUAAAAAUCAUUCUGAUGUUUUCACUUAUUCUGAUUAUAUAGAUAUGGACAGUAUUAUGCUAAAUGCUGAUCCUUCGCUUUGUGAUACUACUGGUUAUGAUGCUGAUCAUUUACUCUGUGAUACUGCUUAUUGUGAUGUUGCUUUACCAAAUUUAUAA